AUGGCAAAUCUACAAUUUCAAGGUAAGCUUUACACGUUUUUUGGGUUGUUUUAAAUUUCGAAUCAAAAUUUUUUUUAGAUUUUACCGUCGGUGGGCACGACUCACCAUUCACAUCGAUUAACUCAUCCAACGACCAAAGAGACUCCACUAACACCAAAGAUGAUAUUAACGUAGGUGAAUUAAUGUUGAGUUUUAUUGGUUUAGUUGAUUGGAAGUGACUCCCAGACUUCUGUAAGUAAUGCCGGUUCUAAUUUCCUUUCCCUCCAAUUCUACAAACAAUAUUUUGAUGUGGAUACGGAUACUGUGCAAAGCCGUAUUUUGAGCAGCUUUAUCCCCAAAAUGAAUGGAAAUUUCAUUAGGGAUAACAUCCAACCAAGCGCGGAUUUGUAUGGUAAGGGGUUUAAAAUGCGUUAUUGCAAGUUGCUACUUUUUUUUAUUAAAGCUGCUUGAUUUACUCGUACUUUAGGUCCGUUUUGGAUCAGUGUAACGUUGGUUUUCUUCGCUGCAAUUUGUGGUAACUUUGCUCAUUACAUUGACAGUCUUGGCGAUACAUACACGGCAAAUGACUUCAGACUGGGUAAGAAAUUUAUGUUUAUUGCAAUUGUAAAAUAUCCACUUUACAGUGAGUUGGGACUUUAUGUAUUUUUUUGGCCUUCUUACGAUAAUUUUUUGAGUUUGUUUGUAAUGCUGGGUAAUUGAUGUUUAUUCCUUUUUAGUGACCGGAGUCGCGACUCUGAUCUUUCUUUACGUCACUUUUGUGCCUCUUCUGGUGUAUACAGUGCUCUGGUACAGGAAGUCGGCCAUUCAGUACGGUUACAUCGAGCUGUUGUGUGCUUUUGGAUACAGUCUUAGCAUUUUUGUCCCCGUUUCGGUGAGUGUUUUGAGAUUGUUUUGUUUCUUAUAUUAUCCUUCCUUCAGGUCUUGUGGAUUGUCCAUUACCAAGCUUUCCGUUGGACUCUGAUCGUUGUAUCGGUUGCGCUGAGUGGAACAGUCUUGGCCAACACUGUUUGGGGAGCGAUAAAAACAGAUUCCAAUAAACUGGUGGCCUUCGGACUUGUGGCUGGAGUCAUUCUUCUCCAUUCUCUGCUGGCCAUUGGAAUCAAGGUAUAUUUAAAUUGGAAUUUUCAUGUAGAUGAGGCUCCUGUUGUGACUUAUAGUAGUGUCUAGUGUAAGAAGUCUGUCUUGUUUGUUUUAUUGUGGGAGUACUGUAAUUUACUGGAUAAAUAAUUUUACGAAAACUUCUUUUGGUCUUUCUUACAUGAUGUUUCAUGUAUAAUGUAAUUAAAACUGCUUUUAGGAACUGUAUUUUGAUACAGUAAUCCCGAAUGGUGGAGCUGUCAGCAUUGCCCCUCCUCCUCCAACACCGGCCGCCUUGAUUAUCGACAAUAAAACCGAGCUUCCGGCGACUUUAAAACCUCAGGCAUUGGUCGCCAAAAACGAUGAAAUAAAACUGCCAGAGGACCUGAAGAAUAGCUCCGUAAAGACUGGGAAGCGAGAGACAGUGGCAACAACAUUAUUAGCUACAGAGCCAGCUGAGCCGACUACAGUUAGUCCAGUUAAAAAGGAAGAGAAAAAAUUGGAAAAAGAGAAGAAAAAUGAAGUAAAACAAGAUAAAAAUGGAACGCAGAAGAAGGAAGAGGCUCCGAAAACGAAGUCCGAAGAUAACGAAGUAAAGACCCAACUAAUUACUACAGUGAUCCCUCCAAAAUCUGCCGAUAAUUCCACCAAAUUGUGA